AUGGCUACUGCUAAGUUUGAAAUGAGUAUGUAUGAUGGGAGGUGGGACUUUAAUAUUUGGAGUCAGAAAAUGAGGACUAUCUUGAUACAAAUGAAAUGUGCUAAAGCCUUAGAUAAUACAUGGCCUGCUGAAAUGUCUGCUGGUAAAAAAACUGAGUUAGAAGAAAUAGCAUGGAGUACAAUUUUUCUGUACAUUUCAGAUAGUGUGAUCAGGACUAUAGGAGAAACUAAAACUGCUGAAGAAUUGUGGACUAAAUUGAAAGCCCAAUAUGAGCCAAAAACUAUUCCAAAUAAAUGUUUUUUGCUAAAACAAUUCUUUUCUUUCAAAAUGGACCCUUCAGUUGAUUUAGAUGAGAACCUGGACAGAUUUACUAAACUGACCCAGGACCUUGCCAACUGUGAUGAGAAAUUAUUAGAAGAUCAGCUGGCAGUGGUCUUGUUAAACUCCAUUAGUGAUAGGUAUAGAGACUUAAAGAAUGCCUUGAAAUAUGGUAGAGAUAAUCUUACCAUAGAUAUUAUUAUAAAUACCUUGAGAAAUAAGGUUCUUGAAUUAAAAUCAGAUUCUAUCAACCAUCAAAGUGGAGAAAAUCUUUUGUUAAAAGGCAAAAAUAUUGAGAACGAUAGGGUUCUAUUACUGAAAAGUGCCAGAUUUGUUCCAGAAUUAGAAAGAAACCUAGUGUCUCUAGGAAUGUUGAAUGACAUGGAGUUUGACAUAAAAUUGGGUCAAGGAUACAUAAAAAUCUUUAGGGGAACUGCAGUUUUAGAUGACAAUUUUAACCUUGCAAAAUUAUGGCACUAUAGACUUGGUCACAUUGGUGAAAAAGGCUUAAAGGCUUUGCAAAAUAAAGGUAUUUUUGGAAAAUCAAAUAUUGGUAAUUUGACUAAAUGUGAACAAUGUUUGAUUGGGAAGCAAGUUAAGUUACCUUUUCCCACUAGUACUCAUAAAUCAAAGCAAAUUCUAGAAUACUUACAUGCUGAUUUAUGGGGUCCUGCAUCCACCUCUACAUUGUCUAGUUAUAAGUAUUACUUGCUUAUUAUUAAUGAUUUAUCAAGAAAAUUUUGGGUAUUUCUUCUGAAAACUAAAGAUGAAACUUUUGUUACAUUUAAAGAUUGA